CGGCUCCCACAGACGCCCCCAUCUCUAUUACAUCACGCACUACUCCGAGUUGGUGGCGUGUUGUCACUGCUGGACACCUAAAACUAACAAUUUCACAGAAAUGUCUUUACGAAAAGCUACCCAAAGUUUACUUAAACCCGCCUGGGGGGUUCUGCGAUGUUCGGAUUCGGUUCUGAGCCGGAGCUACGCUGCGCUCGCGGAAGCCAGAGCGGUGCUGGAGCAGGAACUGGAUUCGAUUCGAGCCGCGGGGACGUGGAAAGCAGAGAGGAUUAUUACCUCCAAGCAGGGGCCUCAGAUCAACGUGGACGGUGGCCGUGGAGGAAUGCUGAAUUUCUGUGCCAACAACUACCUUGGACUGUCCAGCCAUCCGGAGGUUGUACAGGCAGGAAUUGACGCUCUGAAGUCUCACGGCGCUGGAUUGAGUUCUGUGCGGUUCAUCUGUGGGACGCAGGAUCUGCACAAACACUUGGAGCAGAAGCUUGCAGAGUUUCAUGAGAGGGAGGACUGCAUCCUCUAUGCCAGCUGCUUUGAUGCCAACGCUGGAUUAUUUGAGGUGCUGUUGGGCCCAGAUGAUGCAGUGCUGUCAGAUGAGCUCAACCACGCCUCCAUCAUCGAUGGGAUCCGCCUGUGUCGAGCCAAGAGGCUGCGCUACAAACACAUGGACCUGAGCGACCUGGAGAACAAGCUGCAAGAGGCUCAGUCUUCUCGCAUGCGCCUGAUCGUGACCGACGGAGUCUUCUCUAUGGACGGAGAUGUGGCUCCUCUCACAGGCAUCUGCGACCUGGCUGAACAGUACGGAGCCAUGGUGUUCAUAGAUGAGUGCCACGCCACUGGCUUUCUUGGAACCCGUGGCAGGGGAACAGACGAGCUCCUGGGAGUCAUGAACAGAGUUCACAUUGUAAACUCCACUCUAGGAAAAGCGCUUGGAGGAGCUGCAGGCGGCUACACUGUUGGUCCGAAGCCUCUCAUCGACCUGCUCCGGCAGCGCUCCCGACCCUACCUGUUCUCCAACGCCCUCCCCCCGCCGGUGGUGGGCAGCGCCAUCAGGGCCGUGGAGCUGCUGCUCGCCUCCAAUGAGAUCGCACAGAGCAUGACGGCCAAAACCAUGAGGUUCCGGAACAAGAUGACGCAGGCCGGUUUCACCAUUGCAGGCACCUCUCACCCCAUCUGCCCCGUGAUGCUCGGCGACGCACGGCUGGCCUCUGUGAUGGCUGACGACAUGUUGAAACUGGGCAUCUAUGUGAUCGGAUUCUCCUACCCAGUCGUACCGAAGGGUAAAGCAAGGAUCCGAGUCCAGAUCUCAGCAGCACACACAGAAGGAGACAUCGACCAGUGUGUGGACGCUUUCAUCCAGACCGGCAGAAAGCACGGCGUCAUCUCCUGAACGGAACAAACGAGUCGAAACUGGAGAAACGCAACCACCCGCCUGGCCUUACAGAUCCUGCUGCCUGUUACUGCUGACCUGGGACUGAUGCUGAUUGGAAUAGUAGUUACGUUUGUAGGUCAAUGAAGCAGAAUGUAUUUUCUAGUAACAAAGCUCUUUAGCUAGGCGUUAUGAGAAAGAAGAUUUAUUAUCGUCUACUGAGCGCUUUAUCAAGAUAGAAAAAAGUUUUAGUAAAUACAAAUAAAAGACUGAAAAUUGUUGUUA